ACAAAGGCCGGGCAGAUGAACGGCAGCGACCCAGCCGAGGGUGACUAUUGCUGAAUGUUUAGCUCCGACCAGCGCGUCCGGACCAGAGCCUGACUGUGGGGGGAAAGCCACUCCGGGGCGAAUGAAGAAGCAACUGAUCUUCCACUUCACAUACAGAGGACUUCUUACGAAAGGAAAAAAGAGUAAAAGAAGAAAAUGGAUUAUCAAUUACGAAAAGCUGAGCCCAGAGACGUGCCUGAUAUUUUACGAUUGGUGAAGGAGCUCGCGAAAUACGAAGAGAUGGAGCACCAGGUGACCCUGACCGAGAAAGACCUGCUGGAGGACGGGUUCGGGGACACUCCGUUCUACCAUUGCAUCAUCACUGAGGUCCAGGGAGGCGAGAGCAGUGAUGAUCCGAAGGUGGCGGGGUUUGCCAUGUACUACUUCACCUACGACCCGUGGGUGGGCAAGCAGCUGUACCUGGAGGAGUUCUACGUGAUGGACCAGUACCGAGGGCUGGGCAUCGGGUCGGGGAUCCUGCGGCACCUCAGUAACCUGGCGAUGAAGACGCGCUGCACCGGCAUGAUGUUCGUGGUGGCGGAGAACAACGAGCCGUCGGUCCAGUUCUACAAGCGGCGCGGCGCCGAGGACUUGUCCCAGGAGGAGGGCUGGAGGCUGUUCCGCUUCGACAAGGAGAGCCUGGUGAAGAUGGCCGCCCCGGCGGAGGAGUGAGGGGGGACCCCGGUCCGGCCCUGGUUCAGCUUCUGAACAAGGACACGAUCUGUUCAGCCUAACUUUGUUUUAUUCACAUUUCUAAUCUGAGAUGAACGUGACUCUUAUUCUUUUAAAAUUAACCAGCUUUUUAAACAUUUUAAAUCAGUUUUAUCAGAAAACGUCUGCAGAACCUGAUCUGUUGCCUCCCGAAGGCCUGAAAGUUUAACUUCAUCACUUUCUGUUUCUGUAACGUUGCUGAAUAAAAGUUGUUUAUGACUAAAA